GGCUGGACUCAAAUCCACCUCACUCGCAGUCGGUUCUGCUGUUGUCAGCGAACAUAUCAGUACUGUUGACGUUGAAGUCAGUAAUGUCCGCCCAUGGAUCGCGAGGGACGUCCAAAACUCUGAGAAGUGUGAGGCAGAUAUGACGCUGCAAGAACUCCUCGCAAGAUGCGCAGGUUCUUAUCAAUACCUUUCUGUCAGCGAGAAAUCAAAGCUACUCGACUUCGUUCGGGACCUCCCACGCUGGUCUGUCUUGCUUCUCAUCAUGCAGCGGAUGGGAUACGAACAGUGGGGCCUUAACCGCAUGUUUGAGCCUGAGCCCGGAUUUUCAGGCAAGGUGAUGGUUGAGGAUGCCCAAAUCGACCUAGAGUUGGAUGUAAAGUCUAAGGAGCGCGUGACUCCAUUCGGUAUACGCGGACGUGCAACUACCGUGUUUUCAGUGAAGAGCGAGGCACUUUCAGGUCUGCAGCGGGAUCCUCGUUUUCCCAACGAAUCUUCUGAACUGGUGGCCAAGCUCUAUUGGCCAGAAGAGACGCGUCAGAGCGAGCCAGACAUCCUCAAGAAGGUCUACAAGAUUGCACAGACAGAUCCGGAUGUGCGAGGCCAUAUCCCAGAGCUGGUCUGGUUCCACAAGUUCAAAGAAACAUCCACGUCCAAAAUCAGAGUCGCACUAGGACUGAAGGACGCUGAACGGGCCGAACAGGGCAGCCGCGUCUUGUACAUCAUCGUAUUCAGAAAGCUUAUCCCAAUCACAACGCUUUCUGGCGAGGAGUUCCUUGCCGCGUGGUGGCAAGUUGUGAAGUGUCAUUGCGCCCUCUGGAAAGAAGGCGUGCUUCAUCGGGAUGUCAGCCCUAGCAAUCUUAUGGUGUACCGCUUACGCGGUCAAUACAUAGGCGUUCUCAACGACUACGACUUAUCGUCGUUUAAUCGUGAUGGUCCCAGGGGCCUCGAGCGUACAGGAACGGUACCAUUCAUGGCGGCAGACCUUCUCACGCCAGACGGCGUCGCAGGCAAGGUCGAGCAUGUGUAUGCGCAUGAUGCUGAAUCGUUGAUCUGGGUCCUCACCUGGGUCUGUCUUCGGUAUAAAGAGGGCGAGCUCCUCAGCAGGCCCAGACCACUAGAAGGCUGGCUGAAAGCGGAUGCUAUUCAAUGCCGCAGGGACAAGACUCACUUUUGGUCAAUAAAGAUCAGAAGCGUGCGUCCAUCCACAUCGCACGCAGAGACCUGGGAUCUUGUAAAGAAGUGCUUUGAUGGGAUCCACUCGAUUUACCUUCCAUCAGGGUACCGCAAACUCACCGAUGAAUCGGCUUUUCAGUUGUUACUUGAGGGGCCUAUGCUAGAGCAUGAGAGUCGUAGGCGUACUUAUAGUUGA